GUAAAUGAAAAUUCGAAUCGCAAGACCUGGAGAGCCGAAAAUUUUGCUGGAUUACAUUGUUAAUACCAAUUAUUUUCCGUACAAAAAAUGCUUGAAAGAACUCGAGAGCAGAAUCCCCGUCAGCAAUCUCCGGAAUUAGAUGUUUCGAAACUGAAACGCACUAUUGUUUCUGUCGAAUACCCAGGCCGGGUGGUAAACGACAAUGAAGCAUUCAGGACCAUGGGUGGACUUGGAAUGAUGUCAGCAGUUCAUUCAAAGGAAAAUAGAAAAAUUGAAUUGAGGUUUAGACCAGAUGACCCAUUCUGCAAACCCACUCAUGGGGAACAGGUCCAAACUUCAAACUUACUAUUUAAAAUCAUAAAAACAACUAAAAAAAAUAGAAUAACCAAAAAAGAAGAAGUCACAUACCAAACAAAACUUGAGGGUGUCAUCAGAAAAACCUACAGAUUCCUAGGUCUAUGUGAUUUUCAAUACCUACCAAUGGUGGCAAAUACUGAUACCACAAGGAAGGAGCUUACUGACAAGUUUGUUUCAAUUCUUGAGCUUGUUGUUCCACAAAAGUUAGAAACCCUCGAAUGGUUGGAGGAAUCUGCCCCUGUGUUCAUGUCUCCACCUGUAUUUUCUCGGAUGGACUUGCCAGUUGAUUACCAUUUUAGGAAAGACACCACGAACGCGUUAGGAAUGCAAUACGACGGCAAUGUAAUUGGUCGUCUGCGAAAGAAACGAGCCAUGCAAACGAUAUUCCUUGAUUACAGUGGAGGGCCCGCACCAACAAAGCCGCGUGACAUGGCUCUUUGUAACUUAACCGUUCGUUUUAUAAUGCCCGAUGACUUAGCCUUGAUCAAAAAGAUGUUUGAAGAAAGACCUGUCUGGACGAAAGCUGCCCUUACGUACCAUGUUGCCGGUGUCGACAAAAAUUCGCUUCGUUUCAUCUUGGCAUCUGCCGCUUAUUAUUUCACGACCGGCCCGUGGAGGAAUGCUUGGGUCCGUAUAGGCUAUGACCCGCGCCAAGACCCUGAAGCUAGGACUUACCAAAUACUCGAUUUCCGCAUCAGCCAGAACUACAGAAAUAAAGUCGUUCCCAAACGCAGCUAUUCAAAGUACAAUCAGCCGCAUAAGUACGUCAGCACGAUGCGUACGAAAACAUCAUCUAUACGACAAACUGCUGAUAUCCCCUCCACUUCAACAAACGCGGUGGAGAAAAAAGGUGAAAACUCGUACGUUUACCGACCGGGUAUGAUUCCACAAUGCAGGCAAAUGUUUUACCAGUACCUUGACCUGCAUGUUCCAGAAAUUGAAGAACUUCUUUCAACUUCAACUGUGGCGGAAAGCUGCGAUGAACGGUACGGCUGGUAUCCGCCACAUUUCGAGGAUGAAUGUCGUCGGAUUCUGAACAACUAUAUAAGUGACAGUUUUGCACAUCUGAAACCGGAGAAAAAUAGAAAAAAGAAAAGUAAAAUACAAGAACAAACAUUGGACGAGGGCGAAGACGACGAAUAUAGCGAAGAAGAAGACCUGCAGUUGGAUGAUAAUAAUCUGGAAGAAUCCGGAGAUGAUGAAGAUUCAUCUGGUGACGAUGGAGGGACGGAUGAUGGCGACGAGGAAUAUAAACCAUCAGGGAAAAAAUUAUGAUCAAGUUUUUGUCAUGUUGUGCAAAAUGCAAGAAUUUCAAAGAA